CGCGAGCUCUCUUGAGUCACCCCCGCGCAGCCUUGGCUUGCCGUGCGAGUCGGACGUGGUCCGGGCCCACCACCCUGCUCUGUACUACUACUCGGUUUUCCCGUCAAGAUGCCUGAGGAAGUGCACCAUGGAGAGGAGGAGGUGGAGACCUUUGCCUUUCAGGCAGAAAUUGCCCAGCUCAUGUCCCUCAUCAUCAACACUUUCUAUUCCAACAAGGAGAUUUUCCUCCGAGAGUUAAUCUCUAAUGCUUCAGAUGCCCUGGACAAGAUUCGGUAUGAGAGCCUGACGGACCCUUCCAAGUUGGACAGUGGGAAAGAGCUGAAAAUUGACAUCAUCCCCAACCCUCAGGAGCGCACGCUGACUUUGGUGGACACUGGCAUUGGCAUGACCAAGGCUGACCUCAUUAACAACUUGGGAACCAUUGCUAAGUCAGGCACGAAGGCGUUCAUGGAGGCUCUGCAGGCUGGUGCAGACAUCUCCAUGAUUGGGCAGUUUGGUGUUGGGUUCUAUUCUGCUUAUCUAGUGGCAGAGAAAGUGGUUGUGAUAACGAAGCACAACGAUGAUGAGCAGUACGCCUGGGAGUCAUCAGCAGGUGGCUCCUUCACCGUCCGGGCAGACCAUGGUAAGGCAGCAGGCUGCAUUGUGGGGCACUUCUCUGUAGAAGGUCAGCUGGAAUUCAGGGCAUUGCUCUUCAUUCCCCGGCGAGCUCCCUUUGACCUUUUUGAGAACAAGAAGAAGAAGAACAACAUCAAAUUGUAUGUCCGUCGUGUGUUCAUCAUGGACAGCUGUGAUGAGCUGAUACCUGAGUACCUCAACUUCAUCCGCGGUGUGGUUGAUUCUGAGGACUUGCCCCUGAACAUCUCCCGGGAGAUGCUGCAGCAGAGCAAGAUCCUGAAGGUCAUCCGCAAGAACAUCGUCAAGAAGUGCCUGGAGCUCUUCUCGGAGCUGGCCGAAGACAAGGAGAACUACAAGAAGUUCUAUGAGGCCUUCUCCAAGAAUUUAAAGCUUGGAAUUCAUGAAGAUUCUACUAACCGACGCCGCCUCUCUGAGCUCCUUCGCUAUCACACCUCUCAGUCUGGAGAUGAGAUGACUUCCCUGUCAGAGUAUGUGUCUCGCAUGAAGGAGACCCAGAAGUCCAUCUACUAUAUCACUGGUGAGAGCAAAGAGCAGGUGGCCAACUCUGCCUUUGUGGAGCGUGUGCGGAAACGGGGCUUCGAGGUGGUGUAUAUGACUGAGCCUAUUGAUGAGUACUGCGUGCAGCAGCUCAAGGAGUUUGAUGGCAAGAGCCUGGUCUCCGUCACUAAGGAGGGCCUGGAGCUCCCAGAGGAC